CUCCGGCGCUGCGCUUUAAAUAGCAGCUGUUUAAAAGCUCCUCACCAUUCUCCUGUCUACCGCGCAGUACGCAGUCUUCACUCAUUCACAUUUCGUCAAUAAUAAGCCCUCACAUCCCGCAAUGUCGGCCGCCAGCACCGAGACCAGUGCCCCGCUGCCCACCGCUGGCAGCCGCGUCUUCUUCCAAGCUGCGCCCGGGGUGGGCUGCGUGGGGUCCGGCCCCAUCACCGGGGACGACCCGGUCCAGAAGAAACAGGGCAAAGUGACGGUCAAGUACGACAGGAAAGAGCUGCGGAAAAGACUCGUCCUGGAGGAGUGGAUCAUCGAGCAGCUCAGCGAGUUGUAUGACUGUGAGGAGGAGGAGAUGCCAGAGGUGGAGAUAGACAUCGAUGACCUGUUGGAGGUCAACAGUGACGACGAGAGAGCCAGCAAACUGCAGGAAUCAUUAAUAGACUGCUACAAACCAACAGAGGACUUUGUCCGGGAGUUGCUGGGCAGGAUAAGGGGAAUGAGAAAACUCAGUGCACCAACUAAGAAGGGCCUAUAAUGGCUUUCACAUCAACACCAAUCAAACAUAAACUAGAUCAUCUCAGCUCCACCUGCUUAACCCACCCCACAUGGACUGUCAUCAUCACACACAAUAACUUAUCAAAACAUUAGUAACUAUUCUGCAACCUGCAAACACACACACCAUAAAAUCCAUGCAUAUAGCACAACAAGGUGUAUUAUACUAUUUGACUGUUGAAAGGUACGUGAGCGAAACAGAGCCAACGUGGUGAAAAAUGAAAAUGUCAAACCCUGCAACGUGCCAGAACUGCAACCGUGCUUUAACAUGAAUACCACCUAACUCCACAUUUCAGAGCCAUGUUAAAACUUUUCAAGCCGAUGCUGUAAUCCCGACAGCCAUACAGACUAAAACACUGAUAAAUCUCAAAAAGGGAGGUGGUGGGGAAAAAAAAAGAAAAAAAAAGUUUGUACUGCAGUAGGUGUGAAAUUAGCUGUAGCACUAUGUACACACAGUGCUUCAUGGUUUUCUCUUUUUUACUGAGGUGUUUUGCUGUUACUUCUUUUUAAAAAUGUACUGUAUGUUGCCAUUUAUUGUUCACGUGAUUGAAAUGUGGUCUUCAACAGUUUUUAUUUUUGUCCUACUUCUAAGUCAACCUCCUUAUCCUAACUCCGUCAGUGCUUGCAAAGGAGAUGUGAGGGAGAUCUGUGGUUUUAUUUUCAGCACAAGGCGUUAGUACAUCAGUUCCGUCCUUUUGUGACGUGUAAAAUCUGGAGAGUGGGGACAUUUUAGUGUGAAGAUUUUAUUUAACUUUUUUUCCCACUGUUCUGGUACACUCUUCAUCACAGCGAGGCAUGAUGGGUGUUGCGGCUCUCUGUAUGACGCUACAACACCUGUAUGAUUGGCAGCCUUUCACUUAUCAUGUUACGUGAUGUUGUUCAUUGCUGUCCCUCAUCAGAAUACAUAUCAGUUGGUUGUUGAGGUUUAAGCACCAAGCCCAAACAUUUUAGUUGUUUCUCACACCCGGCUUCACUUAACUCUGCUGACUAGCCUCUCUAAUAGUGGUUGGUGUUGCCUUUAAAGACAUUCAGGAUCAGUUCACCUUUUACUCAGCACUGAACCUUAACUACUGACAACCUAAAAGGCGAAUACGGUUGAGUCAGAACCUGAAGACAACUUGAAACUUUGACAUUUAAACCUGUCAGGUCCUGCAAGGGAAGGUGUGCCAAAACUGGGAGUAUUACAUCCUAAAUGUUAGACGUCAUGGAGGCGUUGGUGUGACGCAGCGUUUCCACAGAGAUUUGUUUGAUAGGUUUGUGAAACGUCUUCCAGUAGGAUGUUUCAGACUUUUCCAGGUUGCAGAAAAUAUGUUGUAAUUGCAUAAUCCCAGGUUUAAGAGGUGGAUUUAGUUAUUUAUUGUUGUUAAUGACCUUCUGGUAACCAACACACUCAAAAACCUGUAAGCUCUGGUACAAUCAUGACUCCGUUAUGGGGUUGGGCCCAGUUUCAUUUCCGAGCAGUCAAUCGUGAACCAACAGGAAUGGAGCAGAGCUGAACCUGCCAUGUGAUAUAGUAUAUAGAGAUAUAUACCCUCAGCUGCCAAAGACAAAAGCAGGGCAAUGUUUGAUUUUAACAUAACACUUGCAAAGCACCCGUCUUGCAUGCUAACAACAGAGAAAACAUUCAUAAAGAGUAUAGAUAUUAUAAACUUAUAAUCAAGCAAAAAAUACUUUUUUGACUUAGCUACCAUGUACGACUUUGUAGAACUUUUUGUGUUGAAACAACGUAACUGUCACGUUGGAGAGAAUCCAGGAAAUUUUAAAAAUGGUGCUGUUUUUGAUGUUCUUCCCAGGUUUCGGUUGUAUAAAAGGCGUUUUCACUGUCGAUUGAUGCCAGAGAAAUGUGUCUGAAAGAAAUGUGUCUGUCUUUAUUGAUGGAGUGCAGUCUAGAGUGGCGUCCUCCUUCGCAUUUCCACUCCUCGGUCGGAACAGGGCUGGAGCUGUGUCGCCGGACUGGUUGAUUUAUUUAAAGAGAUCAUGUGUUUUCUGGAUCAGUGAAUGGGAAGGAAAAGUCGAAGAGGAAGCCAUUAUAGGCAGCUGAGAUGCUUCCAGGAUUCAUGUCGAGGUACUCCUUAGGAUUUUCUCUGUCAAGAAACAGUUCAGGGGCAAUAGGCUGAUAUUUUAUAAUUUAUGGGAUUUCAUGUGGAGAGUAUUUUGAAAGUGUCCAUACUAGAGAGCUUUACAUUUGCAUGUAUUUUUAAAGUAGCAUGUUGAAGGGAACAUUUUGUUGGCCCAAAGGUUUUUAUUUCACAAAAUGAAACACUUUCCUUUUUUAUACCUUUAUUAUCAUUAUUAUUAUUAUUAUUAUUAUUAUUAAGACUAAAAUAUUCAGUUUUUCAGCUGCAGUCUUGUUUUUCUGUACAUCCACAAUAAGCGUUCUUGUUUUUAAAAUGUAAUGUGAUGUGUGGUUUGUUUUUGCUGAUAAUAAAAAUGCAGAAUGACUCUGUACUGUUUAAACACA